UGUCGUUCAUCAGUUGGGGGAAGACAGGCAAGCGUUUCGCAUGCAAAGCGAGAUAGCUUUACUUUGUUAUUAAUUGCAUGAAUUUUGUUCUAACACAACAAACUUUGACAUGGAAAAAGUGCACAACUUUUUUUGAGGUUUGUUAUCGAACACUGUUGCUAUUUACAAAUAGCACAGUUCGUAAUAAUCCGAUAGUUCUAGUGUUGCCAGUAAAAAUUUCGGGAUAACAUGUCCGCCAAUAUCUGCAGUGACCACCAAAACGUGUGCAAACACAAGUCAGAAAAGAUCUCAGUCCGCAAUAAUGUAAAUAUUGCCAAAAAUAAUGCAAGUGCCAUUAGAUUAGUGUCGAUUGUGCUGAUAGCUCUGUUUCAAUCACAUUUCGUGACUAUUGUUUCCGGAGUACGGGAAUCCAAUGAGCUCCGAAAUGCUCGAGAAGACGUGUUUUCAUCAACAUCCAAGUUGGAAGAACUUGUUCACAACGAAUUUCAAGUUCUUGAUCUCCUCACCACGUUCACGGAGUACACCAUCGAGAAAGCCACCAUGAUUAAGGGCUACGUGGACAACCAACGCCGACUUUUAGGAAACCGAAAGUCCGCAAAGGACAUUGUUGCUCAUCCCGUGGACGCCUACGUGCUAACAAGACGACUUACCGCAGAUUGGGAAGAUGUGCAGUUGGCUCUUCAUGCCGUGUCUAAUUACAGCACAGGUGUAUACUCUUGGAUUGGGUCAUUUCGCGAGGGAAGCAAUUUUCCACAGGGGGACGAUCUUAAUGGAGCUGCUCAGGCGUUGGUUCGACUUCAGGACACAUACAGACUUAAUAUGGCCUCCCUCACUCAAGGUGUGGUCAAUCCGCUGCAAAAGUCUGUCGUCAACUCGGAUUCCAUAAAAUUCGAAGGGGUAGAAGGACUAACUGCUCGUGAUUUGCUAUUUUUGGGAAAACAUGCUUAUUCAAAUGGAUUGUACCAUCGAGCUAUAGAAUGGCUUCAAGGUGCUGAAUCUGUAGCUGCAAAAGAAUCAAAUGGAACAAUGUUGCUGUCCGAAAUUGCACCGUCCUUGCAAUCCGCGAUUGACACGCAUGACGACAUUCUUGAGCGACAAGGGCCUCAGGGAACGGGAUGGAAGACGAAUCCCGUCCCGAUCAACCCGAUACUGUCGAGAAGUGCAAAAUACAAUCUCACCGUGCCGAACACGUUCCAAACAAAGCUUUUCCAGCGACAAACAGAGGAAGAAGAGACGGAACAUUAUGUCCGACUUUGCAGAGGGGAAAAACUUCGACCGGCAAUGAUGGAGGCCCAACUGAAAUGUAGAAUGAAAAAUGAUGGUUCUCCAUAUUUGAUCGUGUCUCCACUGAAAAUAGAAGAAGAAUCUCAUGAUCCGUAUAUUGUCAUUGUGCACGAUUUUAUUACCGAGAAACAAGCGGAUGCGUUGGUAGAGUUAGGAAAACCGAAGCUUUACAGAUCUCGACAUAGACAUCACAAAGAAGGAAAUCUGGACGUUGUUAGUCAAAAGAGAAUCAGUAAAAAUGCGUGGAUAAAGGACUGGGAGGACAAGCUCAUGAUAAAAAUCACACGGCGGGUCGAACUAGUCAGCGGACUCAAAGCGUUUCAACCCAAAGAAGCUGAAGAUUAUCAGAUUGCCAAUUAUGGGCUUGGGGGAUUAUACGUACCACACACGGAUCAUUUGAUGAACAAUCCUGAUAAAAGCAUUUACACGCAGUGGGAGCGAUUUGUUGGAGAUCGAAUUGCUACUCUCAUGAUUUACUUGACGAACGUCGGAGCCGGCGGUGGAACCGUUUUUCCGAGAGCGGGCGUGACCCUGAGGCCAAGAAAAGGUUCAGCCGCCUUCUGGUGGAACCUCGAUAAGUCUCUCGUGGGCGAUGAAAAUACACGUCAUGGGGCUUGCGCCGUUUUAUAUGGCGACAAAUGGGUUUCCAACAAAUGGAUUCGAUCAAAUGAACAAUUCCUCAAAGCCCCGUGUGGAUUGCACCCUCUGGACAAGCAUAAAAGGCCAUAAGUCUAAAUACCAUUCAUAAUUGAGUAGAUAACGUUACUUUUAUACAUGCGCCUGAAUUCGUUCAUUGGUGAACGCAAGUAUUAUAUAAUUUCUAGUUCAUAAUAGACUGAUUAUGAUAAAAGUUUAUAUUUUCUUACAUUUAAUACUUCUUUUUUUCUGAAAAUAAAUAUAUAUACUUUGUGGAAAAGUUCUAA